CUGUACCGGAGAAGCCCAAGAUGGCUGCAAGUAAUUAUUUCGGCUUCACCCACGCUGCCGGUUCCCAGUACAGUGCACCUCCUCCCCCAGCCUACUCGCAUCCCUCUGCGGCCACCUAUAGCGCCCAGCAGGCUCCGGCGGUGCCUCACUCAGUGACCGCCUCCUACUCUCCUGCCACGGCGCAGGCAGCCCGGCUUGCCGUCACUGCUCCUUACGCCGCCUAUCAGAGCCACCAGCCCCCGCCAGACUACGCCUUCAGGCAGCCCGAGCCCCCGGCACGUCCCCAGCCUGCCACCACCACACAAACGUAUCAGGUGUUCUCUGAUGCGGACAGCUACAGCUAUGCACGUCCUGCUGUUGCGACCACCUAUGACAGUAAACAGUACUACCAGACAAGUGCCGCUCCAGCCCAGAGUUCCACUGACAGCUACUACCAGACUGUCGGUGUGAAGAGUGCUUACAGUCCAGCCCCUGCCACUGCAUACAGCCACCCACCAACUCCUCAGCGGCAGCUAACGGCGCUGAAAGCGGUGACCCCGAGCAGCUCCGUGUCCUCCAGUUACAGCAUCUUCCCGGUGUCCAGCAGUGCGCAGCAGUCGCCGCAAACAUCCAUUUCGUCCUACACCCUCGGCUCCACGUUCAGCUCCACCGCUUCAGCCACUUCCUACUCAGGCAUCAACUACUCCAGUUAUGAUUCAACCGGCUACACUUCCGCAUCCACUCCCGCCUACUACCAGCCGGCCCAGCAAACCCUGUCCCAGCCUCAGCUCGCAUCCCAUCAGUCUCAGCAACAACAGCUUCAAAAGCCGCAGCCACCCAAGCAGCUGACAAGCGCUUCCUGGAUUAACCCCGGCAGUAACACGGUGACAAGCCCGGCUGGAAGCGCCUACAAAAAGCCCACUUUUCACCAGAACAAGAUGCUGAAGCCCAAAGGGCCCGCCAAGCAACCGCAGCUGCAUUACUGUGACAUUUGUAAAAUUAGCUGUGCAGGCCCUCAGACAUACUGGGAGCACCUGGAGGGCCAGAAACACAAGAAAAAAGAGGCAGCCCUGAAGACUGGUGGCCAGACGGGCCCCAGCAAUUCCUCCAGAGGGGUCCAGACUCAGUUACGUUGCGAGCUGUGUGACGUGUCCUGCACUGGAGUUGACGCAUACGCCGCACACAUCCGUGGGGCCAAGCACCAGAAGGUGGUGAAACUGCACACAAGGCUGGGCAAACCGAUACCCUCCACUGAGCCCGUCUUGGUGAAUUCUGCACCAACCAUCACUACAUCAACGGCUGCCAAACAUCUGGCCUCCACCGCUGACGUUGCCUCGGCAGGCACCGUAUCAACUCCUGCUGUUGCAUCUAAAGCAACCGUGAACACUGUGGCUAAAAGUCUAACAGUCAAGAAACCAUUUCCAUCCAAAAUAACUCUCACUUCCAAUAAGCCAGCCAGCUCCCCAGCAGCCGUGACAGCGGCGCCGGCGGUGGCUGUGAAGGUGGAGGAGCCCAUGCAACCACCACCCAUUUUAAAGGCAGAGCCUCAGAGCGAGGAUGAGGACGGUGACAAGGCAGGUGGCCACGGGGACAUCCAACCAGUCGGCCAUGACUAUGUCGAGGAGGUGCGUAACAGUGAAGGCAAAGUGAUCCGGUUCCACUGCAAGUUGUGCGAAUGCAGCUUCAACGACCCAAACGCCAAAGACAUGCACCUCAAGGGGAGACGACACAGACUGCAGUACAAGAGGAAAGUGAACCCAGAGCUCCCUGUGGAGAUCAAGCCCAGUAACCGAGCCAGAAAGCUGCAGGAGAGCAAACUGAAGAAGCAGAAGGCGGUGCUGAAGAGGCAGCGAGACGAUGAGCAGCGCUGGCACAUGGAGAUGAGGCGAUACGAGGAGGACAUGUACUGGAGAAGGAUGGAGGAGGAGCAAAUGUACUGGGGUGAGCAAAGGCGCAGGAUGGCUCCCCCACCUUUGAUGAGUCGCCCCGGUAUGCCAGUGCCCCCUCUGUUGCCGUGCGUGCGUCGGCCUGACUCGCCCGACGACCGCCACGUCAUGGCCAAGCAUGCUACCAUUUACCCAGGCGAGGAGGAGCUGCAGGCUGUUCAGAGGAUAGUCUCCCACUCGGAGCGAGCCCUGAAACUAGUGUCAGACACCCUGCUGGAGAAAGUCGUGACACCCGACGUUACUGCUGCUACUGAAAGUAAAGACCAAAACAGCACUGAGAGCUCAGCACGGCUGCUAAAAGGUGUGAUGCGGGUGGGCAUCCUGUCCAAGGGCCUGCUGCUCCGGGGCGACACGAAUGUUCAACUCAUCCUGCUGGCGGCGAAAAAACCCAGCGUCACUUUGCUCAAGAGCAUCGCGAAGCAACUGCCCAAAAAACUGGCGACAUUUUCUGAAGAUCAGUAUGAGGUGCAGGCUCACCCCGAGGAGGCGAACAUCGUCAUAUUAUCGAGCAAGGAGCCCGUAAUGCAGGUGACGGUUUCUCUCACCUCGCCGCUCAUGAGGGACGACCCUGCUGCCGAGAAGGACAAGCAGGCAGGAGGAAAAGCGGCUGAGAAAGACGUAGCAGAGAUGGACCCUCCGGAUCUUCUGAAUAAGAAGAAAUGUCUGGAACACCUGGCCGCUCUCCGCCAUGCCAAAUGGUUUCAGGCUCGUGCCAACGGUCUGCAGUCCUGCGUGAUCAUCAUUCGAGUCCUGCGUGAUUUAUGUCAGCGCGUGCCCGUCUGGGGGAAGAUGCCCAUCUGGGCGAUGGAGCUGCUGGUGGAGAAGGUCAUCAGCAGUGCGACGGGCCCGCUCAGCCCAGGAGAGGCCCUGCGCAGGGUGCUGGAAUGCUUGGCCACCGGCAUCCUGCUUUCAGAUGGCACCGGGUUGUGGGAUCCUUGCGAGAGAGAGCCCACAGACGCCCUGCAGGGCAUGAAGGCUGAAGACAGGGAGUACCUCACCGCCAGCGCACAGCAUGCGCUACGCCUGCUUGCCUUCCGCCAGAUCCACAAGGUCCUCGGCAUGGACUCCCUGCCCGUGUCCAAGGCCGGCGCUCGCAACCGCAAACGCAGACGGGACAUGGGUGACACAGGCGAAGGCGAGGGGGAGGGCAAAAAGGACAAGAAGGAAGAAGCCGUGAGGGCUUGAUGUCCAAAAGGGCAGCUUGAUCAUUUAGAAUCUGGUAGAAUGUCACAAUUUAAAAUGUUCAGACUUUAAACACUCUUGCCACACGUGCUGCAGAAUGCAGAGGCCGACGGGCGCAUUUAGGAACCGAAGCUCCUUUCCCCCACAUGAUCAGUACUUCAGAUGUAGACAUGUGUGCAGUAGACAUGAAAAAGAUGUAGACCUGCUGAUUGCAUCAUUCCGUUUCAUUCUACCCGCACACUAACGGCUCUAAUGCAUCUCUCAUUAGUCACAGUAGACAAACCACAGCAGAAGUUGCUGCAGGAGACACCGCAGCGCUUCGUGCGUCUGGGAGAAAGAGGUGGGCGAGUGGCAGCAGACGCUCGGCAGCACGACGACGACAUGCAGUAUAAACGUACACAUCUGUCAUGUUGAAAAAGUAGAAAUUCCUGCAAAGUUGUUUGAAAAAACCCCAAAAAGGUUCAACAGGACAACUUAAAAUAAGAAUGAAAUCAAAGCACUUCAGCUUCCUGCUUGAGGCAGGAACAAGUACUGUAUGACUGAGGCCCUGUCCACAAUGCUUUAUUUUGGUGGGUUGAAAGAAAAUUGCAUCCACACUGUUCCAGAUGAGUAAAUAGAGUGGUGCCUUGGUUAAUUGGUCAUUAAUCCAUUCCAAAAGACAUAGAAAAUCAAUCCAAUCCAAUCCAUCCCUUCCAGACACCUAGAAAUGUUAACACAAAACAACACAGAAUUAAUGAAGCUAAGGGUCAUGCCUGCUGUUUGGUGGGACCAAAUCAGGCCAUGAAUGGGAAUCUCUGUCUGGCAGCAGCAAGUCUGAUGUAAACAAACGUUGGUGCCCUAAAAAUGGUGGCCGCGGCCCACAAUGCAUUGCAUCAUCACAUGCAAGCAUCGUGAAAUUUUGUCUUGGGCGCGUGAUCCAAGAUGGCAGCGUAAACAAACCACGCGCCAUUUUGAACGGCAACCAAGCAGGCGAACCGCAAACCAAGGCAAAAUUUUGAUGUUGACUGAAAAACGCGCUAACCGGGGUGGACGUUAACCGAGGUACCACUGUAGUUGCAUCCAGACGGGACCACUGUAGUUGCAUCCAGACGGGAAGGCAUGGCUGGGUGAGAAGGAUGGAAAACACAAGGCACACCAGGGUGUGGCGCUGUAAGCAGACACGCAGACGGAACCACGUUACACACCAAACUCUAGAAAAAGAAAGAAGGCAUCCACAUAAGUCCAUCUUUCACUUUCCAAGGCUCAUCUAGACUUAGGACAAAGUGGAAUUACAUCUGCGAGUCCUUUUGGAGAAUAAGACAAAAUAUCAGCUAUGGUCAGGUGAAGGCGAUGGAUUGGUGACGUCAUUGCUAGUACCUGGCGGCCCUACUGGCAGCCCUACUAGUGUCUACUAGUACCAGGCGGCCCUAUUGGUGGCCCUACUAGCCUCUACUAGUACCUGGCAGCUCUACUGCCGUCUAUGAGUACAUGGUGGGCCCUACUAGUGUCUAACAGUACCAGGCGGCCCUAUUGGUGUCUCUACUAGCCUCUACUACAAGUAGUACCUGGCAGCCCAACUGACGUCUACUAGUACAUGGUGGGUCCUACUAGUGUCUACUAGUACCUGGCGGCCCUACUCAGGUCUACUAGUACCUCGCAGCCCUAUUGGAGGCCCUACUAGCAUCUACUAAUACCUGCCGUCCCUACUAGCGUCUACUAGUACCUGGCAGGCCCUACUGGCAUUUAUCAGUACAGCCCUUCUAGCGUUUACUAGUCCAGCCGUUUGGGCUGUCUACAUGAAACAACAAGCCGGUGUUGAGAUUUUCCCACUCUGGAAGCUGUUUUGAAGAAAACGGCGUUUGCGGGCACCCAGAAUGGAAGGGAGGCUGAAAGCAUAAAGCCAGUGUGAGUGUGGAUAGCCCCUCAAAUAUCCAGUCAUUGAUCCAUUGCAGGGCUUUUUCAAAGUGUGGCACAGUGAGAGAAUAAACACGCUCAAAAACAGAUUUUAUUUUGUGGAGUCUCCUCCCCAACCCGACUGUAGGAAGUAAAAAGAAUUCAUCUUGACGUAACUGAAGUGAGCUUAGCAGUUUUUCUUUAUUUUUCUGAAGUCUUCUGGCCCGCCUCACACCUGCUCUCUGCUUGGGGGGGCUGAUUGCACAACAAUUUGGCUGAAAAGUUGACAGAGUGAUUUACUUGGAGACGCUAAGAGCAACUGAUUUUAUUUCUAAGGAAUGUCUGCAUUCAUUCUGUUAACAUUGGAAAUGUAUUUUUCUUCAUUUGAGCGUGUUAUAAGACACUUUUCUGUCCUCUACAUUUGUAUUGUAAUUGGUUUUAAGCAGAUGUAAAUAAACUAUAUUGGAGAAGAUAAAAA